UUCUCAUGCAGGAGCAGGGUUUACUCUGUUGUCUGAACAACCAUGCUGGCUGCAAGGCUAGUAUGCCUGAGGGCAUUAUCAUGCCAGACUAUCCGCCCCACCAUUACUCAGGCUUCACCAGCUUUGAGGAACUCCAACAUAAAAGCAUACAGGCUGUGGCAGCCUAGCCAGUGUUAUGCCACACGAGUAAGAACUGGUGUAAGGCGUGGAAAAAUUGGCCAGGAAAUAAAAGAAGCAGCAUUUGAGCCAUCUGCAGAAACAGCACUUAAAGCUGAUCGCCUGGGGAAAUUCAUUGUUGCUGGAGGGGCUGCUGUUGGCUUGGGGGCCCUCUGUUACUAUGGAUUGGGCAUGUCCAGUGAGAUUGGAGCUAUUGAAAGAGCUGUUAUUUGGCCACAGUAUGUGAAAGACAGAAUUCGCACUACUUACAUGUACUUUGCGGGAAGCAUUGGCUUGACGGCACUGUCUGCUGUAGCAGUCAGCAGAUCUCCGGCACUCAUGAGCCUUAUGACAAGAGGCUCCUGGCUGGCAAUAGGUGCAACUUUUGCAGCUAUGAUUGGUGCUGGAAUGUUGGUCAGGUCCAUAUCCUAUGAAAAUAGUCCAGCAGCUAAACAUUUGGCUUGGAUGAUGCAUUCAGGUGUCAUGGGUGCAGUGGUGGCUCCUCUGGCCUUCUUGGGUGGGCCUUUGCUGAUCAGAGCUGCCUGGUACACGGCCGGAAUCGUUGGAGGGCUCUCAACUGUGGCCAUGUGUGCUCCGAGUGAAAAAUUUCUGAACAUGGGAGGACCACUUGGAAUAGGCUUAGGCUUUGUUCUUGCUUCUUCAGUUGGAUCCAUGUUCUUGCCUCCUACUUCUGCGUUUGGUGCUGGCUUGUACUCGGUAGCUGUUUAUGGUGGAUUGGUACUCUUUGGCAUGUUCCUGCUCUAUGAUACACAGCACGUUAUCAAGCGUGCAGAAACAAUUCCAUAUUACGGAGUAACAAAAUAUGAUCCGAUCAACGCGUGCAUGGGUAUCUACACGGAUACGCUGAACAUCUUCAUUCGGGUGGCCACCAUGCUUGCAGGUGGCGGAGGUGCCAGGAGAAAGUAAACAGACUCCUCUUCACAGCUGUCUGACAGCCUACCUAGUGCACAUACUAAAUAAAAAUCCAUGGUUACAAGCAGUUUUGCUGCAAGUCAGAAGUUUAAAGCAUUUCAGCAUAUUGUUUCAGCGCGAUGUGAUUCAGACUUUAUAGUUUUUCUUGAAACACUUUCUAGCCCUGUUUUAAAAUAGUGUAAACUGCUUGUAAUUGAACAUUAUUUUGGGGAAGUAAAUUAUUUUUAAUAUAU